CCCAGCUGUUUUUAAAGGGGAGGGGGGUAUUCAGUAGGACACAUCUGGUAUGGUAUAGAUACUAGACUUCGUUUCAUGUCUAGACUUCUGGGAUAAAACAAGCAGUAAAACUAGACCAUAUCUCAGCAUGUACCACAAAGAUUUACUUCACACACGAGCCUAUUUUGUUUUCAUGUUGUGUAUGAUUUUACUUUGAUCUUGUCGUAAUACGGCCGGUAUUUCUGAUGACCUAAUUAUGUGAGUGGGUGUCAUUUCAUGACAUGAUUGGUAAGUGGCAAAGUAUUGAAAAUUACUUCUUUGGAUUUUGCGAACUUUGUGGAUUUGACAAUGGCAACCGCUGACCCGGCGUUUUGCUCCACGAGGUCCGAAGCGAUUUUAUCGGAGACGAAAGAAUGUGAGAUUCGGUCCACAGAUUGUGAGGCCCUAGGGCACCCACUCCUGUCGACCAAUGAGUUAGCCAACGGCACCCCUCACGUGACCAGCCAAGAGACAGACGGAGUCCAAGAAUUACCUGGUCACGUGACCAGCGAAACAAUGCACCCGGCCGGUCAGUCUGACCUGAGCGUGAUCACCAAUGUGGUCCCCACCACGAUCAUGCCUUCAACACCGUCAGAACUGGUGGGCGUCAGGGCCAAGCCACCUCUCAGACGUGUGAUCAGUAACCUGGACCAUAUGACUGGCACACUGGACCAACUGAGACCAAUCAGGCGAAUAAACAGUUUUUCAGAUAUCCAUUCCAAGCAGAAUGAUCCACUUCAACCCCCAGCGCAAAAAGUUCGUUUCUUCAUUGGAAUACCUCAGAACAAAUCAAAACUUUCUCAAGAUGAUAACUCCAGCGAGACGAUCAACGCGCUCCAAGACAUAGCCUCACUGAGCCGGUCCCGGAUGUCCAGCUUUAAGAACUUCUUCAGAGGCAGCAGCAAGAGAAAAAAGAGAAAGUCUGUAGAAGAAGCACCGGAUUUGGACAAGCUUGACUGCAACUGUAACAGGAAGUCAGCCACAGCGCCCUCUGUAGUUCACGAUGAGGCUGGUAAAGAGGUGUCGGCCCUUGAGGAUCACGUGAUUGUGGAGCCCGGGGAAAGCGACGACUUCGAAGCGGACCUCAUCGACGGGACGCUGUUUUCAAAGCCCAGAGUGUCCCCAUUCCAAAGGUCCCACAGCACAAAGUCUAGAAUGAAGCCUGUCAUAGAAGAAGAAGAUUUGGAGCCGCGUCAUUUUGCUCGAAGCGUUACAGAAGGAAAUUUUUUAUAUCAAGCCCCAACUCUCCUUCUCACCACAAUCAGUUACCCUAAUAAGGCGCCUCUCCACUUUCCGAACGCCGCAGAGCGCCCUCAAUUCUCUAAAAGAGAUUCAAAUGGAGCCAAACAACGGCGAGGACAUUUCAACCGAGAGAAUCGUCUGUGGCGACAUAGGAGUGAAGGCCAUUCGCCUUCGGGACCCCGACAAAGUAUUCGCAAACAUGUUGUGCACAUUCUGACUGGAUUAAAGAAGCUCCAUGGAGAUUCCCACUACCAGCCGAAAAGCUCUUUCAGAGGAUUGCACGGACACAGUCUCGCCAGUGUUGAGCUGGGCAGUUGGGCAGCAAGAGAAGGCAGACGUGGAUCCACCCUCACACCAUUCAGUUCCUCUUUGACUCCAGGUGUGUCCUGCUCCAGAACAGAAGUAUUACAAGCUAUCUCUAGCGCCAUCAUCCAUUUGUUUCAAAGGAAGCCGUUGAAAGAAAAUGAGCUUGGCAUCUUACAAGAACAUGUUAGAUUUCUCAUUAACUCAGAAGCCGGAGGGCUAGUCCAAGAAUAUUAUAAGGACCAGCUGUUGAGAAAAGGCAUGAUCAUACUGAGAGAGAAAAUAAAAAAUGAACAAGGUGUUGAAUUGCUCAAACAGCUUGGAGAGACCUGGGAUUAUUUCUUCAAGGAAAUAUUACCUGUGCUACAGGCCAUACUCUAUCCACUAACAUCAUCCUUAAGCAAGGAUGAGACUGUUCGAUCUCUGACACUGCUGGCUUUCAGAAAUAUAGUUGUGCUUAAAGUUAGUAUUAAAGAGGCAUUAGAAUCAGUGAAUAAAUGUGAUUACCCGCCCAACAUUUCUCAAAUGUUAUUAAUUUUACAGAGUAUUCAAGAUAAUGUCUUUCUGUCUGAAAAUCAAUUCAAAUUGGAGAAACUUGUAGCCAGAGUGAUUUGCCCUUACCUUGGACAGCGAGGGUUCUAUGAUGGUAGCCCCGACCCAAUCAUCAAAGUCAAAUUAAAACCAAGUCCCUUCAACAUUCCUAAUGUUAUCAUAUCUGAUAAUGACAAGACACCGAGCAAAUCUCACAUUCGGUUGGAUGGUCCACUCUCCCCCUCCCCCAUCUCCCCCCGUAAAGGGGCAUACCAAGACUUAACGGGCCUGAAGAAACUGAAGCCAGUGCUGGAACAUGUAUAUGAUGGGGGAAGACGUCACAGCAUCAUGUCCUGACAGUGAUGUCCAGCCCACCAAGGCUCACAUCUCACUAGACCUUAAAGAAGCUUCAUUAUCCGAAAGACUCACAGCUUGCAUAACUUGCGAAGAAGAUAAACAGGCUAUAUGACUUGACUCAAAUGAUUGAUACUUGAUCAUCAAGAUUAGAAGCUGCUUCCAUGUUAAUUGUUCAUCUGUAAAUAUUACAAGCCUCAAAAGAAACAAAUUAUUAAACUGUAUAUAGAGAUUUCCUGUUAUAAACUGGAGCAACACAAUGUCAAGACAUUCAUGUCAAAAAUAUUUAAAUUUGGUAGUUUAACAUAUACAAAUAUUUAUUUUGUUUAUUCCACCUCUACCCCCAUUUUUUAAAGUUUGUUUUGUAAAGAAUGUUUUUUAAGUUUGUUUUGUUAAGAAUGAUAUUUUACAAAUGGUGAUUAACUUUGGUUGAUUUUAACAUGAUGAAACAUUAAACAAAAUUACAAGGCUGAUAUUUUGUGUGAGAAAUAUGUUAUUUCUGUGAAUGCUUGAACACUUUAUUGACAAAUGAAUAAUUUUGAACAAAGUUAAAUGAGUAAAAUCAAAAUGAAAUGUGUUACAUGACAAUGUGUGUGAUGAAGAAAAUGUCUAUGGUGCUUAAAAAAAUACAAAUAUAGCAAAGGGAGACAAUGAACAAAUUUAUGUCCAAAUGAAAAGUAAAUUUAUUGAUGCUAACAGCUAUUUUUACUGAUGUUUGAAAAAGUGUGUCAGUUAAAAUGUCCUUUCCUAUUUUUUUUUAUUUAUUAUGAAUACUUAUAUUCUAAAAAUGUGCACAAUAACUUAUCAAACUAAAGCUGACCUAGACUACUAUUUAUUAGUAGUGACAUUUAUCCCUAUUAAAACAGUAGUUAUUACUAGCUUCAAAAUUAUACCCACAGUAUUCCAUUUCAAUUCUUGCUACCCUACUGCCAUAAAAUCAUGGAAUGGGUUGCCUGAAUCAAUAAGGAAGACCAAUGGCUUUGUAGAGUUUCAGUCUUUAAUUAACAUGCAGGUAUAUAAUGACACAUUUGAUAUGCUUGGAUGAAAUUAUCCUUUUUUUUCAAGGAACAGCAGUAAUUCACAUACAUGUAGUCAUUGACAGCAUUAGACUAAAGUAUGUUUUAGUUGACACAUUUUAUCUUCUUUUUUGUUUUCAUGUACUUGCAUUUUUUUUAAAGCUUUCGCUAUCUUAGAAUGUUAAUCAGGCACAAGAUAUGUGAAGCAAUUUUUAACAAUGAUUUCAAUAUUCAUUUUUACUUGUGUUGAGAAUAAUUAACGGUACUUUACUUGAUGCACUUAAAAAAGAUAUAUAGUUUCAGACACCAAUGCCAGUGCUCAAACUGAGAAUUAACACACAAUUACUUGUUAUUUUGUCCCAUGGGCUCCUGUAUUGAUAUAUAACAUGUUUAUAGAAAUAAUUAAUUUAUGCAAUGUCUUUCAGUAAAUAUAAAAUAUUUUAAUUUG